AAAAACUAAGCAAAGAUGUGUGACGACGAUGCUGCUGCUCUAGUCUGUGAUAAUGGUUCAGGCAUGUGCAAAGCCGGAUUUGCUGGUGAUGAUGCGCCACGCGCUGUCUUUCCCUCGAUCGUAGGCCGUCCACGUCAUCAAGGUGUCAUGGUCGGUAUGGGUCAAAAGGAUUGCUAUGUGGGCGAUGAGGCACAAAGCAAACGUGGUAUCUUGACACUCAAAUACCCCAUUGAGCACGGAAUUAUCACCAACUGGGACGACAUGGAGAAAAUCUGGCAUCACACCUUCUACAAUGAAUUGCGUGUUGCUCCCGAGGAACAUCCAGUUUUGUUGACUGAAGCUCCAUUGAAUCCAAAGGCUAAUCGCGAGAAAAUGACUCAAAUUAUGUUUGAGACUUUCAACUCGCCCGCCAUGUAUGUCGCUAUCCAAGCUGUACUUUCCUUGUACGCCUCCGGUCGUACUACUGGUAUCGUACUUGACUCUGGAGAUGGUGUUUCCCACACAGUCCCCAUCUACGAAGGUUAUGCCUUGCCUCAUGCCAUUCUCCGUUUGGACUUGGCUGGUCGCGAUUUGACCGAUUAUCUCAUGAAGAUCCUCACGGAGCGCGGUUACAGCUUCACCACCACCGCUGAGCGUGAAAUUGUUCGUGACAUCAAGGAAAAGUUGUGCUAUGUUGCCUUGGACUUUGAGCAAGAAAUGGCAACAGCAGCUGCUUCGACUUCUCUCGAAAAGUCGUAUGAAUUGCCUGAUGGACAAGUUAUCACGAUUGGCAAUGAACGUUUCCGUUGCCCCGAAGCCUUGUUCCAACCCUCAUUCUUGGGCAUGGAGUCAUGUGGCAUCCACGAAACUGUCUACAACUCCAUCAUGAAGUGCGAUGUUGACAUCAGGAAAGACUUGUAUGCCAACUCUGUCCUUUCUGGCGGAACCACUAUGUAUCCAGGUAUUGCUGAUCGUAUGCAAAAGGAAAUUACUGCCUUGGCACCAUCCACGAUCAAGAUUAAGAUCAUCGCUCCUCCAGAACGUAAAUAUUCCGUCUGGAUCGGUGGAUCAAUUCUCGCCUCGUUGUCCACUUUCCAACAAAUGUGGAUCUCCAAGCAAGAAUAUGACGAAUCUGGCCCAGCUAUUGUCCAUCGCAAAUGCUUCUAAACCAUCAAAAAGGGGACGCAAACUCAUCAUAAAUGCCUAUUUUUAUUUUUUAAUAGAAAUCAAACAACUUUCGUACCAACGACCGCAACUACUUACUUAUACAACAAGAUAUUUGAACAAAUUCAUAAAGAAAAAUAUUUUAUUAUAGAAUUAUUAUUUUGAUAUUUAUAAGUAUAUAUGCUGCUUUAUAUUCAAUAUUUAUAUAUAUAUUUAUACAUAUAGAGGACAUGUAAUCGUUAUGCAAUGUUGCUGCUUUUUUAUCUAAUGUUAAGCUGUUUUUUGUUAG